UUUUCACAUGGAAAUGCGCAACUUUGCCCCACUGUGACAGACACCUGAGUAGGAAACUGAUAAAUAAAGAUCGCAGAAGAUGUAGAACCGUCCGCAUUUGAUAUCAGUACCAAGCAUCGCAUCGCAUCGCAUCUGGCAACGUACUUGGCCCUAAAUCGGACAUAGACUGUUCGAUGUCGAAGCUGCGCCUCAGUUCAUUUCCAUUUGUUGCGUCGAUUGGUUCGAAGCUCGGAGCGAAUAGUCAAAUCUCUGCCAGACUAAACGCAAUUAGAAAGCUUUAAUGAUUUUGCAUUCACUUCUUUCAGUGUUCCUGCUGCUUUGGAGCGGAAGUGGAGCACAAUUGCAGGUACAGGCACAGAGCGGCUAUAACUAUGUGCGACCCGAGCUGGCCACCACAGCGGGUGGCGGAGCUGUUGUGGGUCGAUUACAGCCUGGCGCCUAUCCCACGGGUGCUACGCUUCCCUUGACGCCUGCACCGGCCACCGCUUAUGGCGCCGGACUGUUUCCAUCUCCAGCUGUGGGCUAUACAUCUAGUGGACCGGCAACGACUGCAUUUGGAGCACCUGCAGCCGCUGGGGGGAGCACCGUCAAUCUGCCAAGACGUCCCACUGGCUCUGGCUUACAGAGUGUAUCUGCUGCAGCGCGCGGUGGCCCGUAUGGCCCACAGACGCAGUACAGCAACACAGCGGUUGGCUCCUCAGGCCAACGUACGUCCCCUAGAGAAGAUUACUCCGAUGGUGCCGAUGGCGACUACUCGGCCAUACCUGGUGUGCCAGGCGUCGAUUAUCCUGUGUAUGCCCAAGUGCCGCGCACUAACUUCGACUGCGCCCAACAGCCACUGCCGGGCUACUAUGCGGACAUCGAAGCUCAAUGCCAGGUCUUUCAUAUCUGCGCACUCAAUCGCACUUACUCCUUCCUGUGUCCCAACGGUACAGUGUUUAGCCAAGAGACACUAGUCUGUGUGUGGUGGAAUCAAUACGACUGCGUCUCGGCUCCCAGCCUGUAUGCUAACAAUGCCUACAUCUAUGACUAUAGUGGUACCAGCUCCAGUUCUAGCAAUGUCAAUCUGAAUGCCAAUGUGUAUCGAUCUGGCGCGCAGCCUGUGAAUACACCCUACGGUGCAGUUGCUCCAUCGUCCGCCCCAGGCGUUGGACUCCGUGCUACCAGUGCAUCACAGGUCGCAGGAUACAAUGCACAACGUGGUGCCUACGCCGCACCCUCACCCUCGCCGACCCAGUCACAGUCUCUGUAUGGCGCUGGAGCCAUUAUACGCCCGGGUGGUGUCUCUGGCACAGUGCCUGGUACGGGUGCCAAUCGCUUAGCGCCAGCCACAGCUGCGGCAGGAUUGGCAGCCACUGCUGCGGGCUUGUUGCCCGACAAUGCUGUGGGCAGCUUUGCUCAGCCUGUUGUGGCAGUUGGUAACCGCGAGUAUUUGCCGCCGGCCAGCGUUGGCCAACGCCAGCAACGGACUCAAGUAUAAGCUUACACGAAUUUUAGCAUCUGUACCCGGUUAAAUGACAAUAGACCCGAUUGACCCUAGGCUUAGUUUAAUUAGCAAUAACAUACAUA